AUGACCAAUCAUCGUGAGUGGCUUACCGGAUUGAGGGAGUCUAGUGUACCCUACGUUCUAUUGGGCGAUGAAGGAAAACUGAGUGUGAAGGGGGAAGGAGAGUUGCUGCUCCAGGGAGAGUACGGGGAGCUGAAAUUGGAGAAUGUGCUUUUAGUGGAGAAGCUGUCACUGAAUCUGAUCAGCCAAACUCAACUUGACAGCACGGGGUGCAAAACCUUGAGCGACAAGGGGAAGCUGUGGGUUUUCAAUGAGGAUUGGAAGGUGGUUGCAGAAGGAAAUAGAAAUCAGGGGUUGUAUGAAAUGAAGCUGAGGAAGAAGGGGCUGGAGGAUGAGAAUGCCACAUACCUGCCAUCACUCGAAGGGGACCUAGCUAGGGAGGAGUUGAAGGCUCGGCUUGGUGGCUUACCAGUGAAGGAGCUGCAACAGGAAGCUUCAGCCAUGGUGGUUGGGAUGGAGAAGGUGGAAUUGGAGACCUUGCACAGGCGCAUGGGGCAUGCAAGCAUGGAUAGGGUCAAGGAGUUGAACCGCCUACCUACCAAGGGACUUCAAGCAGAUAUGACUCCCCACAAGGCCUUCUAUGGCAGGAAGCCGAAUCUGGGGUUUGCACGGGUGUGGGGGAGUAUGGUGCAAUACAGGGAGCCAGCUGGUCCGGAUCAUAAGUUACUGCCCAAGGCUCAUUGGGGGAUUAACCUCGGUACCUGCCCAGUGAGCAAGGGGUGGGUGAUAAAGGAUGUAAUUUCAGGAAAGGUCACGAUCACCCGGGAUGUUGUCUUCUACGAGGAGGUGAACUACCUGCAGUGGAAGGGAAUAGAGAAAGAGAUUGCAAGAGCAGGGACAGCAACUGCACCGAACAAGGCGGAGGAUCUUUUGGAGGAAAAGGAGAGUGAGGGAGUUGGAGACGAAGGAGAUGAGGAGCUUGAAGAUGUGGAACGGGCAGAUUCAGACGAUUGGGUGUGGGAGAAGGUACCAACCAGUGAAGCGGAUGAAACCAAUGGAGUGGAGAUAGCAGGGGAGCAGCCAAGCAAUGAAGUAGCUGAGGGUGGCAAUGAUGAAGUGGCCGGAGAAGAGGGAGAUGAAGAAUCAGCAGCUGAAGGAGAUAGUGAUCCUUGGGAGCUCCUAGAUAGUGAAGACAGCAAUGUCAAGAUGAGAGAGAUAGCGGACCUGCUUAAGGAAGGUGCCAUCAUCAUUGGAAGGGAAGUGAAAUCUGGAAAUGAGAAUGAGAAGGCAUUGGAGGAUCUCAGUGAAGAUGAGGCUGAAUCACCUGCAGAGGAGUUGGGGAAAGGAAAGAGGGUGAAGAAACCAAACCCUCGCUACUGA